ACAAAAAAAGAUAAAGAGGCACCGAUGAAAGGACAAGAAGCAGCAGAGCAGAGUUGCAGUGAAAUGGGUCUCCGGAGCUUUCUUCAGUUUUUCUUUAUCUUAUUUUUCUACCAUUUACUUCAACUUCUUCCAGCUGUGGCGGAUGAUUCAUCAUCAUUAACUUUAAACAGUGAUACAAAUGCUGCAAAUCACAAGUCAUCCAAACACUCUGGGGGGCUAAUAGUGCUCCUCUUGAUCCUUGGGCUGCUGUCUGUUGCUGGAUUUUCUGUGUUUCUGUUCAAGAUAUGGCAAAAGAAGAAGAGGGAUGCGCAGCAAGCCCGUCUUCUAAAGCUCUUUGAGAAUGAUGAAGAUCUUGAGGUUGAACUUGGUAUUCAGGAUUGAGAUGCAUAUUAUUACUGAAGCGUGAUUCCAUUGGAGGUGCGCCCCUAAUAGCACACUCUUCUUUAGAGCGUUGUAGUUAGUUCAUUGAAGGAGUUUCUAAUGAACAUAAAUAUCCUCUGAAUUGAAGUGUGAUAUAUGGAGCAUGAUUUGUAUAUUAUGCAGUGUAGCCUUUGAAGUUGACAAAUGGGCAUUAGUAUUUUCAAUUUGAUCUUGUGUUUUUACAUGUUCUAACUUAUUUUCUUUCCCUUUUCCUUGUCAUUGUUGUGACUUCUGAUAUUUAGGAUGAGGGUACUUGUGUAAAAGAAUUUUUGUGACAGCAGCAACUUCUGUAAUGUAGAAUUGUCUUUAAAAAAAAAAAGUUUAAGCUUA